AUUCCACUUGUUUGUUUUUUUUUUUCAACUUUUAUUUCUCGUCCCCGUCAUUUCAACGCAUAUACCUACCAAUACCACAUUAUACCACGAUAUUAUACCGCGUACACCGUUCUCCCGCAGCGGCAGCGUCACUUUGCCGAAUUCGACCAAUUCCUAACCCUCUACCGUUCGGUAAUCGGUGCGAUUCCGCUGCCGUCGCCGCCGCCCCGAGUACUAGCGCACUGUCUGUCGUCAGCCGCUCGAAAUCCGCGCUCGGUCCGCACGACGCGACACAGUUUUAACGACAUUUUUCUGCACCGCGGUGACGCCGGCUGCACCCGGUUGCCACACGUCACUACGCCAGCGACAGAUCGACCGAGCGCGCCCGCCAGACGAACAACGACGCGAUAUUAUUGUAAUUUGUAACCGCUCCGGCUUCACACGGACGCACGCACACGCACGCGACCGUGCGCGCCAACACACGCAUACCGGCAUCCGUCGUCGUCUUGUUCGUCUUCUUCAGUCUUCUUCUCCUUCUUCUUCGGCUAUGCAAAGUAAGCUGCACCGCCGACCAGCAAAAUAUAUACAAUAGACAUCUCCUCCAACUUCGCGUGUGCCAGAUGAGAGGCGCGUGCUGAAAGUCGAGACACCGCCGCCGCCGCAGCCACAGCCGCCGCCGCCACAACGACCACUGCCACGACGGGGAUCCGCUUUACUUCCGCAGGAGACGCCGAUAUUAUUCAGUGUGUGUUUUUGACGUUUUUCAGUUCGGUAUGGAAGUCAACAACGCCAGGUUAGACGAAAACGUGGACGAAUCGCCCGCUGACGCUCAGAAGUCUGAAGAUCACAAAAAGCUUCUUGAAUACGGAAUACACGAGUCGGUCGCCGACAGGCUAGAUGAAAUCUAUAAAAGCGGUAAAUUAGCACAUUCUGAUUUGGAUACUAGAGCAUUGGAUGCAUUAAAAGAAUUUCCUGUUGACGCAGCUUUAGGAGUUCUUUCUCAAUUUCUUGAUAGCAAUUUAUUACAUGUAUCCAAUAAGUCUGCAUAUUUAUGUGGAGUAAUGAAAACUUAUAGACAAAAAACAAGAAUCACCCCUCAAGAGCCUUUUGUACAACCACCCAAAGGGCCAGAAUUUGAUAAAGUUAAGGAAAUAUUAGCUAGAACUAACUAUAAAUUUGAUGUGACUACUGGGCAACGGAAGUAUGGUCCACCACCUGACUGGACUGAUCCUAAGCCAACUGCUGGUUGUGAGGUGUUUUGUGGAAAAUUGCCGAAUACUGUGUUUGAAGAUGAACUGAUUCCACUAUUUGAAAAGUGUGGUAAGAUCUAUGAUUUGAGAUUGAUGAUGGAUCCAUUGUCUGGUACUAACCGUGGAUAUGCUUUUGUUACUUAUACUACUAAGGAAGAGGCCGAAAGAGCUACUGUAGAACUCGAUGGUUAUGAAAUAAAGCCUGGAAAAAAUAUCAAAGUGAAUAUUAGUGUACCCAAUCUUCGUCUUUUUAUUGGGAACAUUCCUAAAUCAAAAGGGAAAGAAGAUAUUAUGGAAGAAUUUGGCAAAAUAACAAGUGGACUCACAGAAGUCAUAAUCUAUAGUUCUCCUGAUGACCGUCGAAAGAAUCGAGGAUUUUGCUUUUUAGAGUAUGAUUCUCAUAAAGCUGCUUCUGUAGCAAAAAGACGCUUAAGCGCUCCAAACUACAAAGUAUGGGGCUGUGAUAUAAUUGUAGAUUGGGCUGAUCCUCAAGAAGAGCCUGAUGAUGAAACUAUGUCGAAAGUUAAAGUGUUGUAUGUUAGGAAUUUAACUCAAGAAGUAACUGAAAACCGUCUAAAAGAAACUUUUGAAGUUCAUGGUUCAGUAGAAAGAGUGAAAAAAAUUAAAGAUUAUGCUUUUAUUCAUUUUAAUGAUAGAGGUUGUGCUCUCAAGGCUUUGGAAGAGCUAAAUGGUAGCAAUUUGGAUGGAGCUACUUUGGAAGUAUCGCUAGCCAAACCUCCAUCUGAUAAAAAGAAAAAAGAAGAAAUUUUAAGAGCUAGAGAACGCCGUAUGUUUACCAAUAUGCAAGGCCGUGCUUUUGGGUUGAUGCCACAACCAUUAUCAUUGAUGGGGGCUCCAAGACCAGGCUAUCGUACCGUUUCAAAUAAUUUACGUAUGGCUGGUCGAGGUGAAUUUGAUUGGCCAUGGGGAUUUAAUUCGUGGAUGUGGCCUGCAGGCCGCUGGGAUGCUGGGGCUGCCGGCCCUUGGGGAACAGCGUCUACUGGAAAUAGACAAUGGCACGGAGUUGCACCAAACAAUCGGUCAUGGGGAAAUGGCAGUGGUGGCCGAAUCGGCGCAGCUGGAAAUAGUGGCGGCGCUUCAAGCCAUGGGAAGUUUACAAGAUAAACAAGGCGAAAAGAGGUCUGAUAAAAGUCUCCAGAAAGAGGGGGGUCAGCGCAAUCGGACCCGCCACAGCUACAGACGUAAGGGCGUCGGCACGAACGACUGGAUGGGGCGAGAGCGAAAGCGCUGUACACUUGAUGUCAGUGACUGAUCGCAAAUGGUAGUUCUAAAAUAUUUUAGUACUUGCCAUUAGUAUCUCAAUUUCUCGCUCAUGUUACCUAAUUUCAUUGUUAUUUAGAUAUAUUUUUUUUUUUAUUAUUAUUACUUCUUUCUUGUCUUUCGAUUCAUAUAUCUUUAUCAGAAAGCUAUAAGAGCUGUGUUAAUAAAUUGUUUUUUUUUUUUAGUUAAAAGCUUAAAACUAUCAACUUUAAAUUUUUUGUUAUUUUUUCUUAAUUUUUUUAUCUUGUUAAUUUGACAAAAUUUAUUUUUUAAAACAUUACCAAAAUUUCUCCCCCUACUUCUGGAGGCAUAUUAUAUUGUUUAGGGGGACUAAAAAUUUGAAAUACAAGUUUUCGCUAAACAUUAUUUGAUUUCUUUUCGUAUUCAGUCAAACCAACUAGACUUGUGUAUUAUAAUUUUUUUUUU